UUUCAGUGAAAUAACAACAACCUCAGACAAAGACCACCUUGGGCUUACCACAAACACCUUCUCCCUUUCUGAGCGGCCAACCAUACAUACAGAAAAAAACCAUUCUCCCCUUACUGUAUUCUUCAUUUCGGUAGUCUAUAUGGGUAACAGAUGAAGAGUCUUAAAGGUCCGUCAAUCUGAAAAAGGAAAAGUAGAGAAAAUGGGUCCUUCUUCCAAACAACCUUUAUUUUGCCUGAAAUGGCCAUGGGACACCCAACAAAAUCCUAAAAGUCCUAAUCUUUGCAUGUUUGACAGUCCUUGGAUAUUCAAGUCCUUGCAAAAUCUUGGGUCUGUUGCUUUCAAUCUCGUCACCUCUGUUUCAAAAUCCUCUUAUCCAUCGCUCAGUUCCAAUAAACCCUUCCAAUUUGAUGCUGGAACCAACCAAAGUAAGAGUUUGAAGUCGAAAAAGUUGAACUUGACUCCUGAAGAGCAAGCAGAGGCAGAGCAAACAGCAUUUGCUUCAGCCCUGGCAACUGGGAAAGAGGCUACUGUGAUUGAGUUCUACUCACCAAAAUGCAGGCUUUGCAAUUCAUUAGUUGAUUUUGUUUCAGAGGUGGAGGGUAGAAACUUAGAUUGGCUCAACAUUGUCAUGGCAGAUGCGGAAAAUGAAAAAUGGCUACCUGAGGAGGCACCAAGGAUAUACCUCUUGGAGAAACCAUGUUGUCUGGCAACUUAGACUUUUGCAGAUGAUUAAGUAUUGAGGGAAAAUAUCUGACCAAAAGGGAAGGGCACUAGCAAAGUCAGGUGUUCCAAGUAGUCGGCUACAUGUAAUAGCAGGUCUCUCCCAUCUUCUCAAAAUAAAGCGUCCCCUGAAAACUAAUCGCUAGAUUAAUAUUGUACCCACUUGAACAAAAACUAGUGUAUCAUUGUGGUAAGUUUAUAUGCAGGAUGUUUUUAAUCACAAUGGAUUAGAUUUAAUUUUAAUAGAUGUUUCCAAGUCAUUUGCAUAAA